CUCUCUUGCUAUCUGUCAGUUCGCGAAACGUUGUUGUCGCAAGGAGGUUAUUUUCGUGAACGAUUUUAAUUUUAAAUUAAUUUCUUAACAACAGAAGUACAGCUUACAAUAUCAUAGCUAAUGUUAAUUAAUUGUUAGAUCAAUAAUCACUAAGAACAAAAUGGCAUCGCUGUCGAGAAUUCAAAAGCUUGCUCUAAUAAGUUUGGGUGCUGUCGGAGGCGGUUUAGCAUAUUACAGAAUAAAUAGUGAUCCGAAAGAAAAAAAGUUUAACGCAUUCAACUCUUGGACGACAAAUUUCACUCCUAGCGUGCAGUGGGAUAAAAACUGGGACCAUCGGGAACCAGAAUCCUUGGUUAAACCAAUCAAGCAUGGGCGUGAAGCUGAUGACAACGCAUAUAAUGAGAAGCUGGAGAAGGCCAAGAGCACGGCUGUGAGGCACCUGUUCCUCAUCAGACACGGACAGUACAAUGUCGACGGAGCCAAGGAUACGGACCGGACUCUUACGGAUUUAGGAAGACUACAAGCGGACUUCACAGGCCAAAGACUGGCUCUACUAGACAUAAAAUGGGACUUAUUAGUCCAGUCCACCAUGACACGGGCUCAGGAGACAGCCCACAUCAUAGCUAAACAUCUUGACAAGAAUAUUCAAGUGAAGGACUGUCAGCUCAUUGAAGAAGGAGCUCCGAUACCUCCAGAGCCACCGGUCGGACAUUGGAGACCGGAGCCAAAACAGUUCUUUCAGGACAGUGCGCGGAUAGAGGCGGGCUUCCGUCGCUACUUCUACAGAGCGCCGCCGGAGCAGACUGAAGACACCUACACACUGUUGGUCUGCCACGCCAAUGUGAUCCGGUAUUAUGUUUGCAAGGCUCUCCAAUUCCCACCAGAAGGUUGGCUUCGGAUAUCACUGAACCACGCCUCAAUCACAUGGAUAAGCAUCAUGCCCAAUGGCAACGUAGUCCUGCGGUGCUUGUCCGAUACUGGCCACAUGGAACCUAAGUACAUCACUAGCCGGUAAAACAGAACUGGACCGGGAUAAUGGAGUAGAUGUUGUAGUGACUAGCGCUAGUUACUGGUAUGUUUAAGUAGAUAGUAUUGGAAUGGGCAUAGAACUUCAACUGCCAUACUCAGAGACAUUAAAUGAUUACUUAAACAUUUUUGUAUGAUAUAUUCCCCUCAAAUUGGCAGACGUGCAGACGAUUCACCAGUAACUUAAGUAUGGGUUUGCUUUACGUUUAAAAUAAUCGAAACGAGAGCGCGUCCGGCGUACUGAUUAGCCGGCCUAAAUAAACCAACCAAUCAAAGCGGCGAAUGCGCUCUCGUUUUGAUUACUUUAAACGUAAAGCAUAUUCAUACUGAUGAUACGAUCGGCGCCACCCAUGAAUACCGAAACACUAGGGAACUUACAAACUUUAGGAAUUUGAGGACUUCGCGUUGUUUAACGCCUAAUUUCAAUUCGUACCGAUUUUGUCCCGAAAAUAAAUGCCAAAGGACGUGGGGAAGUAACUAUUGAAUGACUCUGAGUACGGCUGUAACUACAAUGCUCCAUAAUUGGCUUGUGUUGGGGUGUUUUUAAAUCUUACUAAUAAGUUUACUGCGCAGUUUAAUAUACUAAAGGUGUGUAUAAUAGAAAUAUGUGGUUGUCCAAGCAUGGUUUAGGUAUUAUCAAAAAACAACAAAAAUCAGUGGUUUUGUGAUUCUUCUAGUUGGACACAUUUUUUGAAAAUAAUCAUUUAUUUCUAUUGUACAUUAAACAUAAUUGCAAUGUGUGCAAUAAAGUGUAGUUCGUAUUUUAGCCUUAGUACUUAAAGACUAAGACUAAGAUAAGUACUAAAAGUACUAAGUUAGCACUGAAUUGAACAUUUUUGACUGCGACAAUUUUUAGGACUAAUAGGAAUUUGCAAUCGAUGAAUCACAAUAGCACAUUCAAAAUAUGUUAUUGCUACUAUAUACGUAUAGAAGUCUCGAAAAAUCACAAUGCUCUAUUAGUCUAUGAACAUGGUUAUGUUUUAACAUGGUUAUGGUUUAUUCUCGAAGGGGUACGCAGUAGUGCAUAUUACGGCACGUAAUGCCACUGUACAAUGUACACACACUUUUCACAAAUGGUCUUAUGAGCUUAUUACUGAAAUUUUGUUUAGAAAAAAGCCCGGUAGUACUUUAAAUAACAUGAGCAGCUAUUUUACCAAAUGUUACAUGAGCAGCUGUUUACCUAAUGUUACAUUUAAGCCUACAUUUCCAUUUGAACAGAAAAGGCUUAAAAUUAUAGUCAAAGUAAUUCAUACAUCUGUGUCAAUAUAGUUUGCUGUUACAUUGUCAAACAAAUAUGAUAUUGAGAACUGAAUUAUGUACUUGUCAAUUUAUAAAAUUUUCUGGAAAGCAUUAUUUUAAUUUUUGUUUGAAAUCAUAUCUACAAAUUAAACUGCUCUUUAAAAAAACCGGCUGAAUUGAAAACCAUUUUGAGGAAGUCGAUUAAAAAUAUAAACUUUGAGUAUUACUACUUAUGUAGUUUCUGAAUAUUAAUUCACUCUAUGUAGGCUUUAUGAUUGGGGAUGGUUCAGUUUUCUUUUUUUUGUAUAUUAUUUGCAAUUACUUUUAUGUGGCUGCACAAUGCAAUGUCUCUUUUGCUUUUUAAUAUCUAGCACGUAAUGCACAAUAAACUGCACUAUAUACGUUAUUUUGCGACUGGGCCCCUGGAGCUAAUCCCAGGGGCCCGAUGGACAAUAACAAAAAAUCACUAAAAAAAAUAUUGUUUUUGUUUUUUAAUGUUAAUGCUAUUGUAUUUUUUAAUACUUUGCUAAAACUAUUAAAGGCAAAUAACAUAAAAUAACUAAAAGGUGCUUAUAUAUUAAAAAUAAUUAAUAUUUGUGAUCAAAUGUUCAACUACUCAUACAUAAGUCUCUGUGCUUAUAACAAUGUUAAUUUUGGAAUUACCUUAUUUAAAAUUCGUCUAGAUUUUGAAGAUCAAAUUCACAUUGUUUUGGUUACAGUAAUAGCUGUUCAAAAAGGAAGGCCAAGAAACAAGGUAAGGAAAACAAGGGAUAAAAAAAUUACUUUCGACACAUAUUAGCAGGGCCUAGUGCGAGCAUUUUUACGGUAAUGCGAUUGACACAUCACUACGUUUAGCAAUCUGAUUGGUUGGUUAUUUGGAGCUGGCCAAUCAGAGCGCCAACCGUCUAAACAUGCUAAUUGCGUUAUCGUAAGACAAAACUCGUACUAUGCUCUCAGCACGUUAAAUAUUAUCGCGAGACACCAUGUAAUUAGGAUUCUAUUGAUUAAUUUUAUUCAUGAAAUAUUUGAUGGUGUCUUCUCUUUGCAAUGUUUGCGGUUGACCAGACUAUAAAAAAAUUACACCAGGCUCCAAGUUUGUCGGGGCCCUAAGUACUUAUAAAUUUUUAUUUUUGUUUGUAAUGUUAAAAGUCAAAUCAUUUAUUCCGAUAGUUUGACAGUCUAUCUGUGUGUAGCUUCGAAUGGAGAAGAACGAGUAGAAAACGCCAUUCGUCACUCUUUUAAUAAAUACAAUUACUUAUAGUUUAAUUUCAAGAUCUUGUUGGACAUGUUACAAAAUUCUGAAGUGAUUGGAAUUAAUCUAAAAAAUAGGCUUCUCAAAUGUCGACAAAUCGCAUGUAAUGUCCUAAGUGUUGCAAGCGUUCAUAGGCCACGGUAACCACUUACCAUCAGGUGGGCCGUGUGCAUUCUUGCCACGGUCGUGGUAGAAAAAUAUAUUCUACAGAAGUCAUAUUUGAAACUAUAAUUUUUCUAAUUUGUGUACUCUACUGCAAACAUUGUUAAAUGAACCAUUUUUAAGAAUACAAUUGAUCAAUGAACAAACACACAGUAUUUACUCGCGAUAAAUAAACAUUAAAUUAAUCUAAAACAGAAUUAGGUGAAAAUUAAGUAUACUUAUAAUUAUGUAAGAAAAUAAAUGAUAUCUGUAGUUACCGCAUGAAACUAGGAAGGCAAGCGAAUGACAAUGUAACAGCACAUGCAAACGCUUUAAGUAGGAUGCAUGAUAGAAAUAUAAAAUAAAAUUAUCCAAUGUCAAUUGUUAACAUAAAAUGCGCCUUAAUUUUACUGCCAUAGUGACCAGAAUUGAUCGUGAAACGAUUGUGCAAUGACGAAUGAUACUAAGAUGAUGAAAAUAUAUUAAUUAGAUUAAAAAGUUUUAUGCUUUUAAUUUAAACUGUGCCUCUAAAAAAUAUCUUAAAUAAAAUUCUGUACUCUUAGUACGAGUUAGCUUUACUUUUAUAGUAAUCGAAACGAGUGCUCGUUCGGGGCUCUGAUUGGCCGUCUCGAAUUAACCAACCAACCAAAACGCGCUUUCGUUUCGAUUACUUUAAACGUAAACCAAACUCAUACUAAGGGUACAGAAUGACUUCUCCCAAUAACGGCGCAUUAUGAAAUUAUGUUAAAACAUUCAUAUUUGCCUUUAUCACGUGUGUAUGUACUGUGUAUAAUUUAUAAGAACAUAAUAAGUAUCAUUGUUGUUAAGUAUUAUUAGUUCAGUUAUAAUUUAAAUGCAGGUUAGUGCCAUAAACCAUAUUGCAAGUUCGUUAUUUUAAUAACAAUGCAACUUCUUUAAGAAAGUCUAUUGGAAAGGCUAAUCCGAAAUAACUUAGAAAAAAUGUAAAACUAUCAAAGGACAUAGCAAUAAUUAUAAAACAAUGAUGUAUGUGCCUAAUCGCCGUAUUCAAGAGUCAUUUAAUAGUUACUUAACCCUGUCCUCAACAAUUGUUUUCUAUACUAAAUCGUUACUAAGGAAUACUUUAAGUAAUCAUUAAAUAUUUCUAAGUGCGGCAGUAAAACGAUAGAUUUAUUGUUUUGGUUGUCACCAUAAGUCAAAAAGCGUUUUUCAAUUACCAUUUUGUCUAGUCGAGUCGUUAAGUGAAAUUGAUUUUUAAAAUCUUAGCAACAGAUUUCAAAGUGUAUUAAAAGGUCUGAGCGUGACAACCUGUAAAAUUCAAAGUACAUACGUUCCAUUUUAUUUGGUAUUUUUUUUUUAUAAAUUAGGCUAUUUUUUCACAUUUGUAUGGUCUAAUAUCAAUAGUCUAGCCGAAACAUAGAAAUCCUUUUUUUGUAAAAUGAAAUACCCUAUUUGAAGUCAUACAAUUUGCAUUAAAAUGAAUAGUGUGACAAUAUGUGCCUAAUUGAAGCAAUAUCAAGAUAUGUGUUACCCUUGAUUAGUGUCCCUAGGUCAAGUAUAAUAUACAAGAAUCUAACUAGGAGUGUUUGUGAGUUACCUUAGACCUUGUUCAAACCGUAAUAAAUUUCAAAUUUGAAUAUCAAAAGUUAUUUAUGAAACUCGAAUAUAAAAUCGAUGAAAUAUCAAUCUUAUUUUAUGCAACUAAGGUUUAAACUAACUCACAGAUUUGCCUAUGUUAAACUACCUAUUACAGUCUAGUUAGCAACAUAAAACUGCCUUAUUGUUUUAGAUUAACAGUUAAACUCAAUUAUUAUUAUGCCAUUGAUAUUUUUUUACCGUACCGUAAUUGCCAAAUUACCUCUAGCCUAGCAAACUACGUAUGUUUGUGAAUUUGUAUAAAUACACUAUAAUUAUUGUAAAUAUUUUGUAAUGUUGAAUAAAAUGUAUAAUGGAA